AUGCCCAUCUGGACCAGCAGGUUGAGGGUCGAUACCACAAGACCCAAUAAACGGAUCUACAAGGCCAGUAAUGUUGUGGGGACAGAGCUGGACUCCCUUGAGGUGGUGUCAGGGAGGCAGGUGUUGUCCAAGAUAAGGACAAUGCUAGAUAAUACCUCCCACCCACAAUACGACAUGCUAGCCAGUCACAGGAACAUGUUCACAGGCCAUUUACCAUUUACCAUUUACAAAGGUGCGCUGCUCCCGGGCCAGGGCGCCGAAGCUGCCGUGCCCGUCGUGGUCGCCAGCAUAGAUAAAAUCCUUCAAACUGUUCCCAUCGACCUCAGCGACUGCGACGGAGGGCUAUACGAUGGGCCGGCCGAGGUGGCUUACAUGCUGUAUCACGUUAGCGAGUGCCCGCUGUUCUCUGAGUACCGGGAUGUUUACCUGAAGACGGCCAAGCAGAUUAUCGACAUGUCGGUCAGAUACGUGGAUGCGGAGCCGGACAAAAACAUGCGUGCCGCCUUCCUGCUCGACAUCUACGCUGUGGCCGCUAUGAUUUACAAGUCCAUGGGCUUGGCUGAUUUCGUGAAGCCGCUGACUAAAUUCCGUAACCUGUGGGAGGUGUGCGCUCCGAUCCAUUUUCUGGAGUGCGUGUUUGUAGGGCGGACUGGGUACCUGUGCGCCGCCCUGGUCCUCAAACAGAAGCUGGGCAUAGAGAUUCUGAGCAAAGAUCAAAUCAAAUCUAUUUGCCAGGCCAUCAUCGAGUCAGGAAAACAGUAUGCCAGGAAGAAGAGAAAGCCUUUCCCCCUCAUGUACUCGUACUAUGGAACAGAGUACCUCGGUUUGCAGAGUUUCUCUUCACUGAGGAAUUCAAGGCAGGCUCUCGCUCAGUUACCAGCAUCUACAGUCUGUUCGAAGGCCUGUCGGGGACCGUUUGUUUCCUGGUCGACCUCCUGCAGCCAGACCAGUCGGAGUUCCCUCUGUUCAGUGUCUUUGUGUGAAUGGACUGAAAGGUUACUGCUGUUCACUGACCUGAACAGACCCCGCCCCUUUCCCAGUGAAAUCGCUAAACAACUGAUAGAAACUUUAGAGUCAGGAUUGAUACUGUGAUCAGAAUGGGAGUGGAGGGAUGAAUGGUUUUUGUUUGGGCUUUAGAUCAAUAUCACACAGAGGAAAGUUGCUGUAGAAAAUGGUCUUUUUUCUGUUUGAAUGUUGAGCUUUGAGGCUUUAUCCGAUGCAUGGCACUCACAAAAACAUUGCCCAUUGUUGUCACUAGUGGUGGAGGCCUAUAUGAGAUGUCCGUUGGGCGUAUACAUCAAUAAAUCUGUUUGGGGACAAAUAACAAAAAACAAAGAUGCUUCUUGUAACUCCAGAUUCGUCUGAGAAUCAUCAAGUUUUCUUCUGUAUCGUAAAAGUAAUGCAGUGAUAGUCGGGAGUGCAUCCAUGGGUACAGUGCAAUAUUUUUAAUGGUGUAAACAAAUGUAGGCUAAAAACAACGCGGCCACAACUAACUCCCUGACUCCGCUAACACUAAGCUGUACUUCUUGUUUACAUCACCCAAAGCGCCCGAAUUGUUCCGUCUGUGUUGUCGUCUGCUUUAUCAGGGUCACACUAAGAAAAGAGCCCAGCACUAAAGUACAGAGAUGAGAAACUGAGAUAUUCUUCCAAGAUGCUGCUCUCAGGCCAGAAACACACAAGCUACUUACGCAUAAAAGUAAAAGGCAAUCACACCCCAGUCACACACACAAAAAAGCUCAAAACAGAAAAACGAGUGUCACAUAAAUGCCUUUAAAAAUUUUCUACCAGUUCACCAGCUCAGCGUCACAUAUCGCAGACCUUUGAGUUCAUGUGUUUACGCCAUCGCAAACUAUAAAGAUCAUCAAAGCUGGGUGGGGAGGUACAGAAGGGAUGUAACUGGUGUUUAUCGACAACAUAAAAGUAACACUUUGUUUCCACUGUGCUGUUCUCACCCGCUGAAGCUGAGGUUACGCCUUGUACCAGUGUGACAGCCAUUUGUGUUUAUUAAUAUUUCAAAACUAUGUUAGCUACUGUGUGGGUACUUUCAAAGUGAUCAAUAUGUUGUGAUAGGUUUCAACUUUUACCCUAUAGAUAAAAAAAAUAGUAAGUUAGUCUGUACCUUUGUGAUGGACACGGAGGAGAAAAGAACAAAGUGUGCUGCCAAUGUGAGAAUUUCACUUUUCGUCCAACUCAGUCUGUUUCUUGAGGCGACUCUUUGUGUGGUGGAUUUCUUUAGCUAAAUGCGCAAAUGAGGCCUUAAAAACAAAUUUCUAGCUUUCAGAUAUGAUAUCACAUCUCUCAGAGUAUAAGAAGGCAGAGAAUACAGGAAACUGAAGAUGCUUUGGGAAGCUUUUAUGAACAUGUGGCUCAUGUUGAUUAAAAAAAACUGCCUGUGAAUAACAGCAAACCAAAGCAGUUUCCCAACUUUAACUGAGCCGGUUGUGAAACAUUUACAAGCUGUACAUGUGUGCUGCUGUUUUUGAUUUGCAAUCCAAGCUGUUUAAAACAAUACUUGCUACUGGAUUAUUGAUACCAAUAAAGUGUCCAGAUGACAAAAUAAUAGAGAUGACUUUGGUGUUUUAUUCAAGGGAAAGGCCUUGCAGGAAAACACACUCAAUACGUGAAAACACAGAACCGAAGCGUCCACUGGUGAUUGAUGAGGAUCUGUUAUUGGAGACUGCAUAAAAACUGAUGAAUUUUAAUUGCUGUAAUAUUUUAUCAGCUUUUUCAAAGCAACUUUAUGAACAAUGUGACAGAGGGAAAAAAAUCCCCUUGUGAGUGCGAUCAGUACUUGCAAUAGAAAAAUAUUACACUUUUUCAAAUGUAUUUUUAUGCUUUUCAGAGCUGGAACCAUCAAGCUUGGAUGUGCUGGUCCACAACCGCACAACUGCUGUCAGUGAGGUUCAUAUAGAUAAAUAAAUGAUGCUGUACAUACUUGUUUUACAACAUUUUAACAGUAUUUUAACAGUGUAUAGGUUGCACUAAUUAUUUUUUCAGUUUUGGGGGCAUUCUUUUAUCAUCCUGGCUCCUGCUGCAGUUUUUUUUUUGUUUUGUUUUGUUUUUUAUAAAAUUAAAUGUAAUUUUUGUUCCUGUUGUUUCUCCUUUUUCAUUUAAAAUGGUUUCCUCAGUUAAUAUAUACAUUCAGCUGAUUUAAUUUUGUUAGCCAUUAGUUUUUGGUGCCGUUGUAUUUAGCUGAACCUCUCAGUGCCCCUUUAUUUCUUAAAAUGGCUUAUUUAUGUGAUUGUGUAUAUCUGACAUUAUUUUUGCUGUUUGUGGAGUAAAAUAAAACCCACAUUUUGGAAAUCA